AUGUCGACCUGUACAAUGCUGUCUGCCUCUUCAUCGACGGAUACAGAGCCUUAUACAAUCCAGCUUCGCCCUUACUCCGAGCACGACAAGGAAGAGAAGGCCGACCAUCACAACGCCUACACCCCAUGUAGGCGUGGAUGUGGCUCUCUUAUAUCGGAUGCCCUGGACGGCGCUCUUGCGGAGACCUCAUAUACCAAUAUCUCUGUCAACAGUCCUUUGAGAGGCGGAUACGCAGCACUCAAACGUCUCAUUGACCCGAUAGAACGACUGAGCUUAUGCGAAGUCUGUCCGAAGGAAGAGGCCUAUCGAAACUUCCUCCACACGGUCUGCGACGGAAUCGUCCGACAAUACAAGCAUUUCUACCAGGUGCUUUUCCGGUACUUCAAACGUACCAACUUUGAGGUGGCCUGCUGCAGCGACGACGAUCUGUUUCGGCACGAUUAUAUGAUCUUGCAAUAUGCCUCCCAAAUUGACCGAGUCCUUGCGAGCAUCAGCCGAGUGGCUCACAUUCUCUCAGAGCAGUCCGUCUACGAUGGAGAUUCCUGGUAUAUGGUGUACAAUCAAGCCGAACGACUGGCAGACGCCACAUACAACCUCCGAGAGUGGGUGGUGUACAUCCGAGCUUGA